UCGGUGGAGUGCGGACGCACGGGUGAGGGCUCCCCUGAGCAGCUCUGACGCGUCCGAUCUAGCGCGCGCGUGAUUUUUGUGGUUGUGAAAAUGGAAGCCCGAGUGAACACCUUAUUGUUCGACAUCGACCAGGAUGGCCCGAAAGUUACCCCCAUGACUUUUCAACGAUGGCUCCGAGACGAUCUGUUGUGCUCUGUGAACGACAUUUGCGGCAUACAGCAAGAAUUCGGCACUCGCCGAGUGUACGUGAAGUUUACCAACGGGGCAAAAUGCGACGCCAUCAUGGGCCUAACUGAAGGAAAAGGAACCAUAAUGACCGAAGACGGAUCCAGGGUGCAAGUGGAGAUCACGAACUGCGGCUACGGGUACCGCGAGGUGCGAAUCUUCAACGUGCCUUUUGAGGUUAGGAACGACGUGCUCACCGCAGCACUGGCGCCGUACGGAAAAGUCAUAAACAUCAGGGCAACCGCGUACGGGGAGAACUUUAUCUUCAAGUGCGACAGUGGUGUACGCAUCGCAAGAAUGGAGCUCCGAACUCAUAUACCAUCGUUCCUCCACAUUGGAACAUCGCGCACCCGAGCUACAGUGGUCUACGACGGGCAAGAGCGUACGUGCGCCAUUUGCAACAAGCCAGGGCACUUGCGCUUCGACUGCCCAGAGAAAAAGUCAGCACAAGGCAGAGUCAACCGGUGGGCAGAUGUUGUGAGCGGGAUUAACAACAGGAACAACAACCACACCGUUACCGAACCAGACAACACAGCAGAAGACACCACGAAGACAGGCGGGCAGCCGUCAAAACAAGCAGACGCCGCGACACCUAGCGGCAGCGCCGAGAACCACGUCGAAGCACCGACAGCCAGCGCCAGCGCCCGGCAAGUAGACAACCCAAACGACACCAAGGGCGAGCGGGAGACCGCCGCGAGAACCACCACGGCGGCAAUCGACUGGAGCAGUAUAAUCCCUGGAAAAGACGACAACAUUCUACAGCUAACCCUAGAAGACAGCAACGAUCCAGCGGCAGACGACGACAUGGAAUUCAGUUCAUCAGAAGGAGACGGAGAAGGAAAAGGAUUCAAGCGAACAGCGGAUUGGGAAGCAUCUGCGAGUGAAAAGCGGAGGCUCCGCAAGUCGCAGAGGCUCAAGGAAAAGGAAAGUGGAGUAAAAACAGCCCGCCCAUAGCCCAAUGGCUGAGCUAACUACCAACAU